AACCUGAUGAAGUGAAAAUCUGCCCAUUGUGUUCUCUCUUUCAGAAAGACUCCUUUUAAAGGAGGAGGGGGAAAAAAACCCACCUAAAGUCACUAGCCAGCCAGUUAGAUCAUUUUUUAGUUUGGAUUAUCCCCUCUCCGUCGUGGAAGUAUGGUUUCCUACAGCGAGAAUUACAUUUUUCCGUCAAUGUAGUUGCAGCCGAGGCCUCGCUGCGUGGUGCUGCACCCUGGCGCUGGACGUCCAGCCUCUGAGGCGGGCACGCGCGUCGCCGGGGUUUUCUGGUUCAGGUUUGGGCAGUGUAUGCUUGCGAUAACAGCGUUUUCCGGUGGGCGUUAGCCAUAAACACUGUCCGGAGCGGUGGAGUUGAUCCAGUUCCCGGACUGGAGGACGAACCCGACCAUCUCCGCGUUUCCAGCUUGUUUGCUGCAACGGCAGAUACGUUUCGCAGAAGGGUUGAGGUCGGAAGGGACCUCUGGAGAUCAGCUAGUCCAACUGCCCUGCUCCAGCGGAGUCACCUACAGCACAUUGCGCAGGAUCGCGUCCGGGCAGGUUUGAGUAUCUCCAGGGAAGGAGGCUCUAUAACCUCCCUGGGCAACCUGUUCCAGUGCUCUGUCACCUUCACAGUAAAGUUUUUCCUCAUAUUCUGGUGGAGCUUCUUCAAAACCUGAAAUGGGAACUAUUUUUUUUUUAUUAGCUAUAUUGUGCUAGUGUAGGUCUGUAUUAGCUAAAAUUAACCAGAAAUUCUAGUUUCACCUGAAACACAUUACUUGUGGAGGGAGCAGCGUAAUAAUGACACAUUUCCACACACGCAAGCUGCCUGUUUAAUUAAAUAAGUUUCUGAAAACUAUAGUUUAGCCUUUGCAUCUCUAAUUUAGAUGUUCUCAGGUCUGUUUAGAGUUGAGUAUAUUGGUUUAACCUGAAUCUCUGAAAUUAUCUUUUGAUGGAAGCUAAGCAAACAUAAGCCAAUUUUAAACUGAUUCAGUCUCCACACAAAAAAUUGCUCCUGGAUACCUAGAUUGGUGUAAAAUUGCAUGGUUGGUUAAACUGGAAAAACUUUUAACGUGGCCUGGAUAGCAGUGUAUUUUCUGCUCGUGAUGCAGAUAGGCAUAGAUGCCAGGCGUACUAAGCACUUCCAUUGCAGGGAGGAUUGAUUUGAAAGCGGGUUUCUUGCACGUUAAUGUGACAGAGAGGCGGUAGAGUUACUGGCAGUGCUGCUGUUAAGCAUACUUAGCAUUAACGAGAGGGAAUUUUGCAUGCCUGCGAGGAGAGGCUCCCUGACGGCGGGAUCUGAAAGCCGCCCAAAUGUCGUCUUCGCGAAGAGGUGAAAGCUGCGUUGCUUGGGACGUUAAAAACCAGUCGGGACCGCGCCGGGGAGGACGCAGGCUCUGGGCGGCUUUCCUGCCCUUAACCCCGAACAGCCCCUAAUCCCUGCAGCAGCCGCUCGAUUCCUGUGACUUUUUGUAGUGCUCCGAAAUCGUUAACGCGCUCUCGUGCGGGUGUUGCGUUAGCAAGGUGUCCGGCCUCGUCUCCGGGCGCUUCGGUCGUGCGCUAGAGGAGCUGCCCGUGGCCGGUCCGGGGCUCUCCCUUCUCUGCCUUCGCCCCGUGCCCCGUUUCGCUCCCGGGUGGGCGAGCGGGGCGUUUGCUGAGGCCCUCGCCCCUCUUGGAAGGCGUGGAGCGGCUCCGCCGUCUUCGAAGAGCUGCGAGAGCUCGACCUGAGGCAGCUCUCUCGCAACAGGAUACUCCCCGGAGCAACUGCUUUGAAGAUGUCUACGCCAGAUCCUCCGAUGGGAGGAACGCCUCGCCCCGGGCCUUCUCCAGGGCCCGGCCCGUCUCCCGGUGCGAUGUUGGGCCCCAGUCCGGGACCGUCUCCUGGCUCUGCGCAUAGUAUGAUGGGACCCAGCCCUGGACCGCCUUCAGCAGGACACCCGCUGCCGCCUCAGGGGCCUGGGGGCUACGCUCAGGACAACAUGCAUCAGAUGCACAAGCCCAUGGAUUCCAUGCAUGAGAAGGGACUAACCGACGAUCCUCGUUACAGCCAGAUGAAAGGGAUGGGGAUGAGGCCUGGUGGGCACACAGGAAUGGGUCCUCCUCCAAGCCCCAUGGAUCAACACUCUCAAGGUUACCCUUCUCCACUUGGUGGCUCUGAGCAUGCAUCAAGCCCAGUCCCAGCUAACGGUCCGUCCUCUGGCCCUCAGAUGUCCUCUGGUCCUGGAGGCGUCCCAUUAGACGGCACGGACCCGCAAGCGUUAGGGCAACAGAAUCGGGGUCCGACCCCUUUUAACCAGAACCAGCUGCACCAGUUAAGAGCUCAGAUCAUGGCCUACAAGAUGCUUGCCAGAGGCCAGCCUCUACCCGAUCAUCUUCAAAUGGCAGUGCAGGGAAAAAGACCAAUGCCUGGAAUGCAGCAGCAAAUGCCAACACUACCUCCACCCUCUGUAUCUGGGACAGGACCAGUGCAAGGACCAGUGCAAGGGCCUGGACCAGGACCAACACCUCCAAACUAUAACAGACCUCAUGGUAUAGGAGGGCCUAACAUGCCCCCUCCUGGACCCUCAGGAGUUCCCCCAGGAAUGCCUGGGCAGCCCCCCGGCGGCCCCCCCAAGCCCUGGCCUGAAGGACCAAUGGCAAAUGCUGCAGCCCCCACUAGCACACCUCAGAAACUAAUUCCUCCCCAGCCAACCGGCCGUCCCUCACCAGCACCUCCGGCGGUACCUCCUGCAGCAUCUCCUGUGAUGCCACCCCAAACCCAGUCACCCGGGCAGCCGGCUCAGCCAGCCCCCAUGGUACAGCUGCACCAGAAGCAGAACCGUAUCACGCCCAUCCAGAAACCGAGAGGGCUUGACCCGGUGGAAAUCCUGCAGGAGAGGGAAUACAGACUGCAAGCUCGUAUUGCUCACAGAAUCCAAGAGCUAGAAAACCUUCCUGGGUCCCUGGCUGGUGACCUGAGAACCAAAGCUACCAUUGAACUGAAAGCACUAAGACUGCUCAACUUUCAGAGACAGCUGCGUCAGGAAGUUGUGGUGUGCAUGAGACGAGAUACAGCCUUGGAAACAGCCCUGAAUGCGAAGGCUUACAAACGCAGCAAGCGGCAGUCCUUACGUGAAGCUCGCAUCACUGAGAAACUGGAGAAACAACAGAAAAUUGAGCAAGAACGGAAACGCAGGCAAAAGCACCAGGAAUACCUCAAUAGCAUUCUGCAGCAUGCUAAAGAUUUCAAGGAAUACCAUCGGUCUGUCACAGGCAAAAUUCAGAAGCUCACAAAGGCAGUGGCCACUUACCACGCCAACACUGAACGUGAGCAGAAGAAAGAGAAUGAGAGGAUCGAGAAAGAGAGAAUGCGUCGUUUGAUGGCUGAAGAUGAAGAAGGAUACCGCAAGCUUAUUGAUCAGAAGAAAGAUAAGCGCUUGGCCUACCUGCUUCAGCAGACAGAUGAGUACGUAGCAAACCUGACUGAGCUAGUGCGGCAACACAAGGCGGCACAGGUUGCAAAGGAGAAAAAGAAGAAAAAGAAAAAGAAGAAGGCAGAGAAUGCAGAAGGGCAAACUCCUGCAAUUGGACCAGAUGGUGAACCUCUGGAUGAGACGAGCCAAAUGAGCGAUCUCCCUGUGAAAGUGAUCCAUGUGGAAAGUGGCAAGAUCCUCACUGGCACGGAUGCACCAAAGGCUGGACAGCUGGAAGCCUGGCUGGAAAUGAACCCAGGAUAUGAAGUAGCUCCAAGAUCUGACAGCGAAGAAAGUGGGUCAGAAGAGGAGGAGGAGGAGGAGGAAGAGGAGCAACCGCAACCUGCUCAGCCUGCCCUGCCUGUAGAGGAGAAGAAAAAGAUCCCAGAUCCAGACAGUGACGAUGUGUCAGAAGUGGAUGCCAGACACAUUAUCGAGAAUGCUAAGCAAGAUGUUGAUGAUGAAUAUGGGGUGUCUCAAGCUCUGGCAAGGGGCCUGCAGUCUUAUUACGCCGUGGCCCACGCGGUCACUGAGAGAGUGGACAAGCAGUCCACACUCAUGGUCAACGGAGUUCUCAAACAGUACCAGAUCAAAGGUUUGGAGUGGCUGGUGUCCUUAUACAAUAAUAACCUGAAUGGUAUCCUGGCAGAUGAAAUGGGUCUGGGCAAAACAAUCCAGACCAUUGCUUUAAUUACAUACCUCAUGGAGCACAAACGUAUCAAUGGACCCUUCCUCAUUAUAGUACCUCUCUCAACUCUGUCAAAUUGGGCAUAUGAGUUUGAUAAAUGGGCUCCUUCUGUGGUGAAGGUCUCAUACAAGGGCUCUCCAGCAGCAAGACGAGCAUUUGUACCUCAGCUUCGAAGUGGAAAAUUCAAUGUCUUGCUCACUACUUACGAAUAUAUCAUCAAAGAUAAGCACAUUCUUGCUAAGAUCCGUUGGAAGUACAUGAUUGUGGAUGAAGGACACAGAAUGAAGAACCACCACUGUAAGCUAACACAAGUCCUCAACACGCACUAUGUAGCUCCACGUCGUUUGCUGCUGACAGGAACUCCACUACAGAAUAAGCUACCAGAGCUGUGGGCUCUACUCAAUUUCCUCCUUCCAACCAUCUUCAAGAGCUGUAGCACAUUUGAGCAAUGGUUUAAUGCUCCCUUUGCCAUGACAGGAGAAAAGGUGGAUUUGAAUGAAGAAGAAACAAUUCUGAUAAUUCGACGUUUACACAAAGUGCUACGUCCUUUCCUGCUAAGAAGGCUAAAGAAGGAAGUAGAAGCACAGCUGCCUGAAAAGGUGGAGUAUGUGAUCAAAUGCGACAUGUCAGCAUUGCAGAGGGUGCUCUAUAGACACAUGCAGGCCAAGGGAGUGCUCCUCACGGAUGGAUCCGAGAAGGAUAAAAAGGGUAAAGGCGGUACAAAAACCUUAAUGAAUACGAUCAUGCAACUGAGGAAAAUCUGUAACCAUCCAUACAUGUUUCAGCAUAUAGAGGAAUCCUUUUCCGAGCACUUAGGUUUCACUGGCGGUAUUGUGCAGGGACUAGAUCUGUACCGAGCAUCGGGGAAAUUUGAGCUCCUAGACAGAAUUCUUCCCAAACUGCGAGCCACCAACCACAAGGUGCUGCUGUUCUGUCAGAUGACUUCCCUCAUGACCAUCAUGGAAGAUUAUUUUGCCUACCGUGGAUUCAAAUACCUCAGGCUGGACGGAACCACUAAAGCUGAAGACCGGGGCAUGUUGUUAAAGACUUUCAAUGAGCCAGGCUCAGAGUACUUUAUUUUCUUGCUGAGCACUCGAGCUGGCGGACUGGGUCUGAACCUCCAGUCUGCAGAUACUGUGAUUAUCUUUGACAGCGACUGGAAUCCCCACCAGGACUUGCAGGCGCAAGACCGAGCACAUCGCAUCGGGCAGCAGAACGAAGUGCGCGUCCUCAGACUCUGCACUGUGAACAGCGUGGAGGAGAAGAUCCUUGCUGCGGCCAAAUACAAGCUGAAUGUUGAUCAGAAGGUUAUCCAAGCCGGCAUGUUUGACCAGAAGUCCUCGAGCCACGAGCGAAGAGCUUUCCUGCAGGCCAUCUUGGAACAUGAGGAGCAGGACGAGAACAGAUACAGCGCGGGCAGCGGCAGUGGCAGUGCAAGCUUCCCCCACACUGCCUCAACCCUGUGCCUGAACGCUGAGUUGGAGGAACCACCUCUAAAGGAAGAAGAUGAGGUUCCUGAUGAUGAAACAGUCAACCAGAUGAUUGCGCGACAUGAAGAGGAGUUUGACCUUUUCAUGCGCAUGGACCUAGACCGCAGGCGGGAGGAGGCGCGCAAUCCCAAGCGCAAGCCGCGUCUGAUGGAAGAGGAUGAGCUGCCAUCUUGGAUCAUCAAGGAUGAUGCAGAGGUGGAGAGGUUAACAUGUGAGGAGGAGGAGGAAAAGAUGUUUGGGCGAGGCUCACGGCACCGUAAGGAGGUGGACUACAGUGACUCGCUGACUGAAAAGCAGUGGCUCAAGGUAUACAUGGCGAUAGAGGAGGGCACGCUGGAGGAGAUCGAAGAGGAGGUGCGCCAGAAGAAGUCUUCCCGUAAACGCAAACGGGACACGGAUGUCGGCUCUGCCACUCCUACCACGAGCACCCGCAGCAGGGACAAGGAUGACGAUAGCAAAAAGCAGAAGAAGCGUGGCAGGCCGCCCGCGGAGAAACUCUCCCCAAACCCGCCCAACCUCACCAAAAAAAUGAAGAAGAUCGUGGAUGCUGUGAUCAAAUACAAGGACAGUAGUAGUGGACGCCAGCUCAGCGAAGUCUUCAUUCAACUGCCUUCUCGCAAGGAGCUGCCCGAGUACUACGAGCUCAUCCGCAAGCCGGUGGACUUCAAGAAGAUCAAGGAGCGCAUCCGCAACCACAAAUAUCGGAGCCUGAACGACCUGGAAAAAGAUGUCAUGCUGUUGUGUCAGAACGCACAAACCUUUAACCUCGAAGGCUCUCUGAUCUACGAGGAUUCGAUAGUGCUGCAAUCCGUCUUCACCAGCGUGAGGCAGAAAAUUGAGAAGGAGGAGGACAGCGAGGGCGAGGACAGUGAGGAGGAGGAGGAAGGAGAAGAAGAAGGAUCUGAAUCAGAGUCUCGAUCCGUCAAGGUGAAGAUUAAACUGGGACGGAAGGAGAAGGCGCAGGACCGGCUGAAGGGCCGCAGGCGCACGAGCCGCGGCUCCCGCGCCAAGCCCGUCGUCAGCGACGACGACAGCGAGGAGGAGCAGGAGGAGGAUCGCUCCGGAAGCGGCACUGAAGAAGACUAGAGCGACAUUCCACGGGCCGAUCUUUCCAAAGCGGAGAUGCCGUAUUCCCUUAGCUCUAACGGGUAGCAACAAAGUAGUAUCAGACUUGAGUAAACUGUAUAAAACUCUUCCAUAUUUAUACCGCAGAGAGAUGUAGGACUGUUUGUGUCUUGCCUUGUCCUGACAUCAGUAGCGUUUGUAACAGCAUUAACUGUUUAAAAGAAUUACGAAUCGGGGAACACUUGAUAUCUAUUUUUUCUUUCUAUGGCAGUACUGUUUCAGUUGCAGUAUUGAAUCACUGUAGUUUUAAACCGUGGAUGCAUGUGCGUAGCAGUCCACUCCUAGUACUGUAUUUUAUUAAGCAGGUCAAAGCGCCAGCCGCUCGCCGGAAACGCGGCGGGCGGCAGCGCUGACCGCGUGUGUCAAUGUCACUGGAUUUCAAACAGUAAUAAAUUAAAACGAACGUUA